AUGCAGUCCUUCACCUCACAAUUCCUCACAUCUCCCGUUUCUAUUGAUCAAAUACGCGAAUUCACCCCACAGUUGGUCUCGCAGCAGCCGACCUUUCGCCUUUCCGACGGCACGAUUUACUACGGCGAGGUCGAUCGCUUGACGGGGCUCCCGCAAGGCCAGGGAAUCGCGCUUUUCAAAUUUAUCACCGCCGACACCGGCGGGAAUGCCAAUCGAAUAAAUACCAUGCACCCGAAUAGCCCGUCCGCCGUGUCGUCCUCCGCGCCGAUGGAAUUGCCGUGGAAUACGAAAAAAAACCUCCUCAAGGCCUUUCGCGUUUACCGCACGGACGAUCGCUAUGGCGGACAGUGGGAAAAUGGGCAAUUUCACGGCGAAGGCGUCCUCCUGACCUCUACUUUUUCCUAUCAAGGAAACUGGAAAGACGGCCAUAUGCACGGUACCGCCAUUAUUCAAUAUGAACGAAAUUAUGUUGAUUAUUACCCCAAAGGGGAAAAUGAUACUGGGAUGGAUAUGGGCGUGAGUACGCUAUUUCUGCGUGGGCUUUCCUAUCUCUCCCCCUUUGAGGAUACCACCACGAAACCAAAAGAAUACAUUGGGGAAAUGGAGCAAUUUCGACUUCGGCAUGGGUUUGGGAUGAUGCGAUACUACAACGGGGAUGUCUAUCAAGGGAAUUGGGUGAACAAUCGCCGGCAUGGCAAUGGAAAGUUUCUGAAAUCAGAUGGGGAAAUUUAUGAAGGGAUGUGGGAGCGAGAUGAACGGCAUGGCGCCGGGACAAUUCAGUAUAUCGACGGGAAUUGUUUUAAGGGAAUGCUGGAACAUAACCUGCGAAGUGGGGAAGGGAUGAUGAUCUUCACCAACGGGGAUCAAUAUUACGGGAAUUUCGCCAAAAAUCAUAUCGACGGGCAUGGUACGAUGCGAUUUAAAAACGGGGAUGUCUAUGUCGGGCAUUGGAGGGAUGGGAUUCGACAUGGCGAUGGAAAGUAUACGCUCAAGCGGAAAGGGGUGAUUGUGCGCGGAAAUUUCAACAAAGGCUUAAUUGAAGGGAACGGAACGGUCGAACACCCCGACGUUUCUCUCUUUGUCGGCGUGUUCGAACGCGGGGAGCGAAUUAAAGGAACGCUGUUUUGGAUUUCCCCUUCUGUGGGUGAUGUAGUAGGAGAGGAAAAAGGCGCGAAAAAUGAAGAUUCCACGCCGAUUAGUCUAUUUGAUGGAGUGAUGGGAGGAGCCCCCUCCGCCCCCCACUCGCUACCCCCCGCAUCGCCACAAACGCAAAUAAUUUUUUCAGUCGGAAAAAAAUGUUAUCAAGGCGAGUGGGUAGGUGAAAAUAUGCAUGGCAAGGGGCUUCUUUGGUACUUCAAUGGCGACUUUUAUUACGGCUUUUUUAAGAAUAAUAAGCGCCAUGGGCCAGGGAAUAUGCGCCAUAUCGAAAGCGGCUCGGAGUAUAGCGGGAACUUUGUUGAGGAUAAACAGCACGGAUUCGGCGUUGAGCAAGCGGCGGACGGGCUAAUUAAGGCCGGAUGGUGGGAAAAUGAUGAAUUCGUCGAAGGCUAUCAUGGUGAGUGGAAUGGAAGCGAGCUCCAUGGCGUCGGUCGCAUGAGGCUCGCCGUUGAAACGUUUUUAUAUCACGAUUGUAAAAAGGUUUAUCAAAAAAGAGGGGCUUCCGCAAGCCUCCAGACGUCCGCCAUCAUGCUGAUGGAUUUUUUCGGCAUCUUCCAGAACGGUCUACGUCACGGAGAAGGCAUCCUCAAACUUCCUUUCAUUUCAUUCCGUUUAGACCACAACACCACCUCCGCGGAGGAGGAACGACGGUAUGAUUUAUACGGACCCUACAGCAGUGAGGAUGAUCUCACCGCCGACGCGCGCUUGAAUAUGAAGAGAAAACACCCCAAAUCUAAAGAUUCCGCUCGUUUGAGCAAUGGAUUUCUCCCUCGUUAUCACGUUAUCAAAGCAUGUUGGGUGAACGACGUUCUCGAGUCCAACCACAGCGUGUGGGCCUUUCCGAGCGGGGAGGUCUACUGUGGACCUCUUUCCAAAGGCGUUCGCGCAGGUUCAGAAGGUCGUCUUUGGAUACCAAACGGCUCCGUUUACGUAGGGCCAUGGCGUGAGAAUUUACCCUACGGGGAGGGAUUAUUCUACGCAAAAAACACACUGAACCCGAUCUAUACCCUCCAGGAUUUGAAUUCCAAGAAAACUAGCAACUCUAGCACAAGGAAUAAUAACCCAAAUCUGUCGUGCACGUUAUCUGCAAAUAGUCUAAACGGGGCUGAUAGCAGCGUCAGGGACCUUGUAUUUGGCCUUUGGGGGGCUUUACCCUCUGCUGAGAAUGCAUUCAAGAAUAAUAAUGAAGAAAUUAAUGAUAUUCAACGAACCGAGCAGCAGCCCUUACAACAUGUUUUAGUGGACUACCGAGAUGAUUAUGUUCUUAUUGGAAGGUGGAAUAAACACAUGCUCCCUAUAGCAACUUAUAAAGAGCACGUCGUCCCUCAGCUGAACGAGUCUGCUGGGAUUAAAAGAAUAGCCUCGUUGGUGGAUUCUACUCAAUCUCAGGUCAUCGUAAGGGAAUACGAGAGCCUAGUGAAGGGGAAAUCCGCUGUAGAUCCCUCUCAAAUCGCGUCUAUCAAAAUCCCGAGCUCGAUCCCAGUGGGAGUACAUACGGGCUUGAGCAAUGUUUUGUAUACCUCAGGGGUCUGGGUUCAGACCUUUUUUAUUGGGAAUUAUCCCAUGCUGGUAACCCCUUAUAUUCCGGGAUCGGCGUUUGAUCACCAUCUUCAGCGAUUGCACCGCGAUGAGAUCCUUCCAAAGGACUUCUCGGUACCCUCACAUACCUCAUUCUUCACCGAAUCUUUACGGGCUGUUAUGGAAGAAUCUAAAAAGAAAAUUAAUCUUUUUUCACCUGAUAUGAAAACCCGUAAUGUGUAUAAUAAUAAUAAUGCCAGCUCCAACGAGCCGGUUGAGGACGAUUCCAGCAAAAAAUCCUUAUUUGAGAUGGAAGCGAACAUUGCCGGGAUGGGGAUUAACAUGCUUACUGCGUCAAAUCAGUAUAUGCAGUUUGGGGACCAAAAAGAAACUACGAACGACUUCCCCUCGACGCCGGUGAAUUGUUGUACGUUUUGCAAAAAGGCCUACAACUUUUUCCGUUCGCCAAAGCCAUGUAAACUUUGUCUUCGCUCCAGCUGCACAUCGUGCCUUCUUCCGAUGGAAUUGACCUCAUCUCGAAAGCCCGACAUCGACGCCCUGAUCGCGCGUUCCCUCAUCCUUCAUCAGCGGGCCCUCCAGCAUUCCAAAAAUCAAACCCUAAACCCAGAGGUCAAUUUUGACGUCUAUAGAAAUUUAUCCGCGCAAGGCAUCACCUCGGUUUCGGUGUGUGUGGAUUGCUCCCUCUCGGUCAUGCUGGGUAUUCAAACGAACACCCUGUGGAUCCCAAUGCCCAUCAUCCACUCCGUUCUCUUUCCCACGUCUGGGAUCCCCCACUCUCAUCCCAACCCGGUGGCAGGAAAGGAAGCGGUGGGAAUGCCCCCCCCCCACGAGGCCGUUCCCACGGCGGGCCCUUCCAACCGCCCCUCUCUUCUCACCGCACUGCCACCCUUCACGGAGGACCCGCCGUGUGACAACCCCACACUGGGGCCUUCCCUUUACGACACGGUAGAACCGGCGCCGCAGUGGGGGGGCCUCCUCGGGCCCUGGCCGUGUCACACCUGA